AUGGGCGCGUUCACCGAGCUGAGUUUCGAUGAUUCGACGAAACAGUUAACCUUCGGAGGUGGAUCAAACGUGGGACCUACUGCUAAGUACGUUCACGACAACUUUAGGCGUCACUUCCCGCACGUGAGAGGUUCUCAUGUCGGCCUGACUGGAAGUUCGUUCGGCGGUGGCUUCGGCACGACUAGCAGACUUCUCGGUAUCCCUUCUGACAAUCUCGUUUCCGUUGAGUACAUGCUGUACAACGGUACCAUUGUCAACGCUGGUCCUGGUUCGGAUCUCCUUUGGGCAGCUCAGGGCGCUGGUUCGAACUUUGGAGUUGCUCUUUCUGCAACGACUAAGACAUUCGAGCUUCCUUACAACGGAGCCGUGAGCUACUCGCUUGCCAUCGGUGAAGUGGACAAAGAUGCCGCUUCUGCUGCACUUCUAGCGAUCCAAAAAUGGGUUCUUGAUGGUCAGGCGCCAGACACACUCUCCCUGCGCUUUACCUUGUCCAACUUCGCAUCUGCCGGUUUCUUCUAUGGACCGGAAGCAGAGUUUGACUCCGCCAUUGCGCCACUUGUCGAGUCUCUCCAAUCAAUUAGCCCGGCUAUCAACCUGACAAAGACUAUCAUCCCAACGUUCUGGGAUUCGGAGGUAGCAGCAGCUGGUAGUGGCAUGAACUUGCCAACUGGAGGCACGCUCGGUGGUCGCGCUUCGCUCGUUCAGUCGUGGACCACGACCAACCAACACCCGUUCACCUUGACGCAAGCAAAAGCAUUGCUGAAUGGAUAUCGUACACUUAACCGGACCGAUAUCACCGGUUCUGGGUUCAUCGACCUGUGGGGCGGAGUCAGCCGUGACAUCACUGACAGCGCUCAUGCAUUCGCGCACGGCAACAACCUCUGGCUGGUCCGUGUUGAUGGCGUUGGAGCUCGUGGUGUCUGGCCAAGCGAUGGCGUUGCAUACAUGCAGAAUCUUUUUAAGCCGUUUGAGGAUACUUUAAAGAAGUCGGCCCCGCUCCGCAGUUUUGUGAACUACGUGAACUCGGAACUCAGCGUAAAGGAGUGGAGCUCUAGGCUGUACGGUGCCAACUACGCAAGGCUUCGGAAGAUCAAGGCUGUCGUUGACCCUACAGGUCUCUUCUCUGGAUUCGGCCUCGCAAUCUAA